AAUGCGGUCCAUACCGAUGUGAUGCUGCUGGCGCUGCUCUAAAUCCCAAUCUCAGCCAGUGUCACUGCAACAUAGCAUUGCCAUCCAGACAUCACUGGAGUGCAAUAAACGUUUCAGUGGAUUAGCUGAUGGAAACGGAGCCCGUUCAACAUGUGCGCGAACGUAUUCGGCGCGUUGAAAAGCCUGUUUGGGAAACCCUUUGAUGGUGGGAAGAGGACAAUGAAUCAUGGCAGUCAGCAGUCACAGACACAGCAGAUGCCAGGACCCUUUCCAGGUUAUGCAGGGCCCCAGGGUCCAUACGCUGGCCAGCACCCAGCCCUGCUCCGGCUGAGUGAAGUGCAGAAGGAGAUCGCCACCCUGGGUCCUCAGGUGUGCUCUUUCAGCGGCCUGCAGAACGACAGAGAAUACAAACGACUGGAGCGAGAGCUGACCAGAUUACAGCUGGAGGUUGAUCAGGUGGAGACGGAGGGCCGUCCAGAGCUCCAGCAGCCCCGGAAACGUGCAGCAGGAGAGGUGGAGGGUCUGCUUCGGUACCUUGAGGGCAACGCUACACAUCCAUCUCGACUGGCCAUCGAGGAGCUAACCCAGGAGGCACAGAGGUUACUGAACGAAGGGGUUGUGCAGCCUUUCCGGCAGGGCCAGGCUCUGGAUGCAUUUGAGAUCAGUGAGGAACUGGUGGAGGCUGUGCAGGAUGUAGCCAUGCGGAUGGCUCAGGUGAAGACGGGUGGGAGCGUACCGCUCAGGAAGGCCCGGUACAAGGCACUGACACGGGUCUGUGCCGUACAGGAAAUACUGGAGGGUCGUGUGCGCACUCACACGCUGGCUCUGCCGCUGUCUGAUGACACGCAUGAGGCUGUGCAGCGUAUUAAUCAAGUCAUGACACAGGUGAGUGGUGCACGGUGCCAGGAAGUGGCUCUGCUGAUGGGUCUCAGGGGGCGUGACAGCUGUGCCCACCUGGCAAGAAUCCUUACAGAGCUGCUGGUUGAAUUGGAUGCCCUGGAUGUGUCAAGCAAUGCCGCUGUCAGGAAUUACAGGAAACAAGUGGUGGAGGAGAUCACUGGCCUGUUGAAACAUCUUGACUUGGAGGGAGAGGGAGAUGACACUCGCAGGUAUGAUCUAGCACAGAACGACUCGAUUCGUGAAAUCGAGGCAAUCAGGGGGCGUGUCUCAGUUCUACGGGAGGAGGUCCUCCGGUAUGGUGCCAUAGGACAGGGCUCAGAGCUGCAAGGUCUCCUUACUCACUUGGAUCAGGUAGACACGGGGCGUAAUCCCUGCAUACGGGAGGCACGGCGCAGAGCUGUGUUGGAAGUCCAGGCGCUCAUAACCUACCAAGACCUCCAGGAAGCACUCGGGCAUCGCAACCCCAUACCAGACGAGCCCCCGUCUCAUGCAGCCGUCUGGCGGGUCUUAGCCAGCCUGUCCGACCUGCAAGCUCAGGUGUUGGGCUUUGACGGCAAGAGAGCUGACAAGAGCUACAUGGUUUUGGAAGAGCUACUGACCAAACAGCUUCUAGCUCUCGAUGCCGUGGACCCUCAGGGGGACCAGGAGACGAAAGUUGCUCGGAAGCAAGCGGUUAAACACGCCCAGAAUAUCCUUAAUUAUCUGGAUAUGAAGACAGAUGAGUGGGAGUAUUGAGAGACGUAAAACACUGCUGUAUUGGAGAGAUUUCCUGAAUAAAGAGCCGCAAGAAAAGGCAAAAGCUUUUUUGCUCUGUGUGACAUAUCAGGACGAGAUAUUGCAGUGCUGGAGGCCAUGGGUGGGAUUUUUAAUUUGUACAUAGAAGACUUUGUGUAUUGCUGUGGGCAGCAAGACUGUUACCCAUGAUGCACCUGCUGCUUUUGUUGGUCCAUUAUAGGUCCCUGAGGAAAUCCUAUUUUCUACUGCACAUGAAGCAUUGUUUUCGUCAUAAUUCCAUCAUGUUUUUAGUUGAAUCUAUGCUAUUGAUUGGUGUGUUGUGGUGGUGAACCCUGUUGUGCUGCCAAAAAUCACAUGCUUGUUUGGAGCACAGUGUUAAAAACUGCAGUCUUUAUUACAGUGUGAACUCUUCAUCCCUGUCCAGUUACACUCAUAAAGAAGCUCAAUGGCUUCUGUUAUGAUCACAACAGGUAGUACCACAAACAAUUUUUCAAACAAUGACAAAGUGUUUCUAGGUUUAUUUUCUUUAAAUUGCACAUUUAGAGUCAGGUCCUCCAGCUACAGACCUAAACAAGUAUACUUCCUGCAUCAUCCACAAUAGCUGUUCCAGUUUACGUUAUAAAAAUAGUAUUUGGCUGAUGAUGCAUCGAAUAAACAUUGACGUAAAAGAUGUUUUUAACGAAAGGAAUGGAAAACUCAAAGCUGAGCCCAUUCUGCUGUUCUGUUAGAUUUUAUUGAGGAGCGGUAUUGUCUGUGGAGACAUUUCCUGUUAGUAUCGAUAUAAAGGACAAAAAUUAAACUAGUUCACAGGGUUUCUUGUCUUUUUAGUUCUAGGCAAAAAGUGUUUCUGCAAACCGCCCGCCAGGGAACAGAGUGAGAGAGUGUGUUUGUUGUUGAAAAAAGCUGUGUGUGUGUGUGUGCUGUUUUGGUUGUGAGAGUGAUCAAAGUGGACAGGAGGAUUCUAGAACAUUGAAGUGGCACAGAAGAGUGGUAAACUAUCAACCAAGUGCUCAAGAACUGGCUUUGUGUACGUCGCUGUUGAAUAUGACCCAAAUGUCUUUUUCUCAAAUGUGUGUUCUUUAAUACAGCGUGAACAGCAAAAAAAUGCUUUAAAUAUGAUAUUUUUAAAUGAACUUUUCAGUUACGAAUUAAUGAAUUGCACUCCAUUAAAUAUUGCACUGCAAAUAUGUCUGUUUAUCAAAAAUGUUUAUUAGGUCUUGCUGUAAAAAUGAGUUAGAAUUCAUUUCAAUAGACGGAGCAGAUAGGUAGAGAGUGAGGGGGCAAUAUUACGGUAGGUAAUAUAAUUUACUCCAAAUGAAUUAUAGCAAAUGUAAUAAACAUUAGGGGUGUAACAAUAUUCAAACCGAACCGAGAAACGGCAGUGCACUGAGGGUACGUAAAACAAUACUCUCUUGCCAUAACUAACUAAAGCUAAAGGAAUGAAUGCAAACGCUCCCAGCCCAGUCCAGGCCCAUUGUUGAGGUUGACAUCACUUUGCCUUAUGUCACAAAACGUUUUCCCUUUUUUGACAUUUGAUUAAAUAGUCAUUCGUAUUUUAAACAACUAAUAAGAGCCGUGUUUCUUUUUUAAAUAUUAUACAGUUACUGUCUUCCAAAGAGAAAUGUGAAGCCAAUGUAUAAAGCCAAGUUAUUGUUGUUAUUAUUAUUAUUAUUAUUAAGUUAAAAGUGAAUCUAAAAAAGUGAACCCCGCCCCAAAGCAAACCGAACCAAUCCGUGUUAUAUUGUUACAUCCCUGUACCUAUACAAGUACAGUGAACUAAUAUUUGAUUACACCAUAUUUACUCCGUUUACUUUAAGUAAAUUUAAGUAAGUGUGAAAACAGAAGUUGAUAUGGCUUUUGAUAAUCUGCCAGGUGAUCUUUUUUUGGCGGGUGCUGAUAAUCUCAAAAUAGCCAAAUAUUGUUUGAUUUGCCAGUUUAUACGUACAUUUUUUAAAUUCUUUUAAUAGCAUAUGGUAACAAAAUCUGAUUUUACAUAACAUUAUUACGUUUGCUUGUUGAUUUUACAACAUCUUUUAUGUAGGGUCUGGUGUUUUAUGGUAUUUUACAAGAAAAUUGAAUUGAAGAGAAUCUGAAUUAGCGUUUUGGCUUGAUGUGUGAUAUAGUCCCUAUUAAAAGACCCCUCAGAGACUGUGUGAGAAGUGCGGGACAAGCUUGUCCGUAGUACAAACCGCGACAGUAUCAAGUUCUAUCGUUUAAUAAUUCAUCAGAGGCCAAAUGUCUGCCAUAUAACAGCUAACAGCAUAACUCUCCUAUAUAAGGCUAAUUUAUGGAUAAAUAUGAUAUUCUGUUAUUUAUAUAUCAAGCUCUGCUCUUGCGAAUCUGGCUUUAUAUUAAACCUUACUUUUUGAAAGUGGAAUAGUGUUGGCCUUUUAUGUUGGUGUUUAUUUUGCCCAUGUCCCAAUUGUCACUAGCCUGGCCUAGAUAAGGGCACAUCCAGCUAGCCCAACUGUCAACAGUCAUGAAGCAGCACUACUAUUAUCAACAAAGAAUACGAGUUACACUCGCACCAGAAGUGAACACUGUUAUCAGAUGGAAAGAUGAGGGUCCAGAAGUGAUGAGUGCUGGAAAAGAUACAGAGAGCAGUGAGGGUAGAGAGGUUGUGGUCAGAACAGAUCAAUCCCGAAUCUGUCAUCAGUUGGCUUUGUGUGGAAGUCCCCUACAGUGACUUUUACAUCAGUCAAGGUGAAAACACACUCUAACAGCACUUUCAAGCAACCUUGCACUAAGCGUUGAUGUAGUUUUGUUUUUGUAAGCCUGUUCUGAAUCUAUGUAGAGAUGGCACAGAUGUGCUAUUAUAAGCAACUUCUCACAGUGACAGAUUUUAAGAUUGUUGUUUCUCCCACCAGGCCUGUGGUCUAGCAGCUACCGACGUGUUAUGGUUCAGAGAGAGCAUGCCGUUUAAAAUAACUUCAUUGGGAUGAACGAAACAUGCUUCUGUCAACUGCUAAUUUUUUUUUUUUUUUUUCUAAAAGAGCAAACGUACCAGCUGUUUCUUGCCAUCCAUGUUUUACAGAGCACAGAGAACGACGUUUAACGGGGUUUUUGUAACAUUACAUUAUUAGAUUUUCUGGCCUAAAUUAAGAUCCAUUUUUACAUUUAACAUGCAGUGUAAAUCUAUGUCAGUACAUUUGGCUUUCCAGAUUACAUGAGUUCCCAGAGUACUUAUUCCUCCACUGCUGUGCUUACAUGUGUUAGACACGUUGGUCUGUCAGAUGUAUGAGUCAUACUCAUCUCCAUAGUUACAAUCAUAAAUGGAUGAUACUCAACAAGCCACCUAGAACGGUUGCAGGUUCUUUGUUUUGAAAUGAAUAUUACCUUGAUUGUAUUACAUGAUCAGCUUUUUAAAUGUUAGUGUUGGGAUUGAAAACACAUUAAAUGUCCUUUUUAUACUUCAUGAUCAUAAUCUCUUAGAUUUGACUUGGCAAAUGGCAAAAAUGAAAAUUGCAAUUACGUAGAUCACUGACCCAUGCGACUAUUUUGCUAAAGGUCUUCCCCUUUUUAUGAAUGCAAACUCAAGUUUAUCACACAAUAAAAAUCCAACUCAUUAUACAAUAUCUGCAAGAUUAAGAAUGUAAUUUCAAUGUCCACCUUCUUUUAAUACCAAAGUUAAUACUUGCCUCUUCUUUCCUGUUUUUAACUUGUGUUACCUUUAUAAACACUGCAACACAAACCAGAAGAAAGAAAUACUUCAAUAACAAAAUUAAGCUUUUCAUUUUCCGUAUCUGACUACACGUCUGGAAGGAUGUUGGUGACCUGUGAGAUUGUCUAAAUGUGUCAUGCUGUUUAUAUGUUCGACGCAUUGAUCUCAUUUGAAUUCUGCGGAUUGUGCAAGGUUUACUGUGUGUGUAUUGCUCAAAAAGCACAUUAAGUUAAUGCUGACGUGUGAAUGCUUUGAUUGGUAGGGUUGUUUGAUUUUUCCAUGUCUACAUUGUUAAAUAAAAGUUGUUGAUCUGAAAAUAAUGUAUGUUUGUGCCGAGGUAUUAAUGAUGGCCUGGGAUCUUUCAACUUGUUUCCAUGGCAACCCCUCACUGACAGGGUGCUCACAAAAUAGAAGGUGCUGUGAUAAAAGAUUUGGGUUCGCCUGAAACACACACAUAGCAGAACACAGGAAAUAUCUAAGCACAUGUAUAUUGCUUUCUAAAUAUAUCCGCUGAAGCAUAGUUAACACACUUGUCAGUAUAGAGUGUGCAGUGUUGCAUGAUCCGGAAAUAUUUAAUUACUAUGGC